AACCUCACUGACAUUUAACGCGGAUCAACAGGUAGACGACGCGAUAACAGAUCAUUAUCUGCAUUGGACUCGUAAGUUAAAUUGUAUGCAUGACAGACAGAUAAGCUGACUGAUAAAUUCAAAGCGAUUUCGGGUUGCAAGUGAGGGUUGUCCAGUGUCAAACGCUAUUCCCGUGCAAAAUAUUAUACUCAAUAGUAGUUCGCACAAGUUUUUGUCUUGCUAGUCUCGUGUGCAAUUAAGCUUAAAAUGUCAUCGACUGAACCUGUAAACGUAGAUGGCAUCCAAUUCAAUCGCAGUGAUCAAUUGGGGAGUGGUGGUUUCGGCUUAGUGUAUCGUGGUAAAUAUAAAGACCAAAGCAUAGCAGUCAAAAGAAUUCUGAAGAAAGCUGACAGAAAACCACUAGUUGACAAAGAGUUAAACAUUCUGAAGCAGUUAGAACAUCCUAACAUAGUUAAACUCCUUCAUUCCGCAAGCGAUGACGACUUCGAUUACUUUGCUUUAGAAUUGUGCGACGCAUCCUUGGAUCAAGUGUUCCCUAAUCAGGGCGAACCUCGGGAAUAUAAUGGACCUAUGUUACCGAAUAAUUUUGAGGUUUUCUCCCAGUUAGCCUCUGGUCUUAAACAUAUUCAUUCACGGAAUCUAAUCCACCGAGACAUUAAACCGGGAAACAUUCUAAUUUCUGUGAAACCUACUGACCAAGGCAAUGAGACAACGAUGAAAUGGGCUGAUUUUGGAUUGUCCCGAGAAGUGAGUGAACAAGGAACAUAUAAAAUGAGUGGAAUCAGAGGGACUACACUUUGGUUCUCUCCCGAAGAGUUGGAAAUACUCUCCGGAAAAAACAUACUGAUUAUUCAACAAACUAAAGGCUCCAUCAAAAGCGACGUUUACGCAGAAGGACUCGUCUUCGGUUAUAUUCUUUUGAAAGGAAGUCAUAUCUACGGUGAAAAUGAUUCAGAAAUUAGGAGUAACAUCAUGAAUGACAAGUCUGUUAAUAUGAAUCAAAUUCACGAAUCGCAUUGGGCACGUAACUUGAUAAAGAAAAUGUUGUCCAAGACACCUGAUACAAGAAUCACGUCUGAAGAAGUCGUUAUUCAACUUCAAUCCAUAAAAAUUCAACUAAAAGAAGGAGAACAAAAACUGCUUCGGCUGUGUGCAAAUACGUGUCCAACGUCGGAUUUUAUAAAUGAAAUCAAAACUUUAAUACGACUCGGCAUCGACUUGAACGCAAAGAACAAAGAUGGAUGGAAUGCGCUUCAUGUUUUGUGUCGUUACAAUUCAACCCCACAAUUGAACGAGGCAAUUAAAGUCUUGAUCGAACUCGGCAUCGACUUGAACGCAAAAACCAACUCUGGAUGGAAUGCGCUUCAUGUUUUGUGUUACAACAACUCAGGCCCCCACUUAAUCGAGGCAAUUCAAGUUUUGAUCGAUCUCGGCAUCGACUUGAACGCAAAUGACAACGAUGGAUGGAGUGCGCUUCAUCGUUUGUGUUACGAAAACUCAGGCCCCCACUUAAUCGAGGCAAUUAAAGUCUUGAUCGAACUCGGCAUCGACUUGAACGCAAAGAAAAACGAUGGAUGGAAUGCGCUUCAUCUUUUGUGUCGUAACAAUUCAACCCCACAAUUAAUCGAGGCAAUUAAAGUCUUGAUUGAACUCGGCAUCGACUUGAACGCAAAGCAGAAAUAUGGAUUGAAUGCGCUUCAUCUUUUGUGUUACAACAAUUCAACCCCACACUUAAUCGAGGCAAUUAAAGUUUUGAUCGAUCUCGGCAUCGAGGGGUUGCCGACUCUUUUUCCAGAGUUGCACCCGUCGGGAAAAGGUCGGGAAAACGGAAAAAAUAAGAAAUUUAAGAAAUUUUAAGAAAAAUAAGAAAAUUUUGGGAAAUCGGGAAAAAUCAGGAAAAAUCAGGAAAAAUGGGAAAAGUUGAGAAAAAUGGGAAAAAGAAGGAAAAAAUAAGAGAAAUUAGGAAAUGUUAGACUUUUCUCACAAUAUUUGGCAACUCUGCAAGGAAUUUUCGGAUCUGACCUGAUCUUUCUGACACCCCUGACCUGAUCUGACUCAUAUUCAUUGCUAUUUCAGAAAAAUGAGUGGCGUGAUACGCCCACCUAAACUCGACGUUUUUGAGUUACUUGAAAAAAAUGGACUUGUUCUGCCACCUCACAUGCUAAACCUUUUAAAAGAACUUGGAUACUUUGAUAUCCACACUUUGAUGCAAUUAGAAACUCCUGAGUCCCUUCAAGCAUAGCCCACUGAAUGUAAUAGUUCAAGCCUGAAGUCUAGAACUGUAAAAGUGACUCACCCCUCCGGCGAUGGGAGGAGCUUAUUCUCGAAUGGACACUAGCACCACCACCCAAGAUUCUUGGAACUUCAUUGAACAAUCGUUAACAAAAC